AUGGCUGACCCGAAGGCUAAAGCCUCCGCCCUCCCCAUCACAGUCAACAAACUGGAUCCGCAAUCUGAGCGCCUUCUUGUGCGUGAGCACUUUGACUGGUGGGACGAUGUGGAGCAUGAAAUUGCUAUGAAUACUGCAGCCCCAACUACAACGCCCACCGGCUCCGCCACGGCCAUUCAGCAGCAUCAGGAACAUGAGCAUCUUCUUAUGCGUGACAACUUUGACUGGUGGGACGACGUGGAGCGUGACAUCCCUGUGGAUACUACAGCCCUAGCUACUAACUCCACUGGCCCUACCACCGCCACCAAAUCGGACGACAAGCUCGCCCAGCCACCUGUUCAGGAACAGUUUGAUUGGUGGCAGGACGUUGAGGAUAACAUUACUACGGAAACAAAGACCCACGCUAUGAAAACCAAACAUCACACCAUCCACAAUGAAUUUCUUCGUACAAACGGCUUCACAGCCAUCAAAUUUAAUGAUUGGUGUGGUCACCUUCCGCAACCUGAGACAUUUGAUUUUGCUAGCGAUGUCAAGGCUCCCCUAUGCUCCAUUGAUUCCUUCCAGGCAGGCAGACUGCGUGAGUGGCUCGAUCUACCAUGCCAUAGCAACGCCAUGAAGCAAGUUAGCCCCCCGGAGGCCGUUGAUGUGCUAAACUCGGUCGAUCACGCAUUCUUUGAGUCUCAAGAGCCAAUGGACACUCGCCAAUCAGUUAAUGUACCAGAGCCCGUUAGUCCUCCAAAAACAGAUGAAGAGUCCAUGGAGACUGCCAUCAAUGAAUACGAGUGGCGUUCACUUGUUAGCAACCAAGAUGAUCACAUUCAUCACUGGAACUGGUUCGGCCGCCCUGUUUACCAACCGUCAACAACACCACCAGUGGAGUCACUUGCAUUCAUGCAAGCUGAGCCAAAAGCACCGAAGGGGAGUGAUGAACUUCUUGUAACCUCCAUCAUGAACCGUGCAAUUCAUCAAAUUGAUCCAGUGAUUUUGAAAGUCGACAGGGGAAAUGAAGCAAUUCUACAAAUGCAUGGGUCUGCGAUGAUUCGAGCAUGCGAUGGGCUUACCUACACGCAUUAUUCCCUCCACGGAACUUGGACGAAGUACGACUUUUCUACGCGAAGAAUGACGAUCCCGGAUAUGGAGGCGCCCGCGCUGCCACAAUUUGCCAUUGGAAAUGGCAUCUUUGCAAAUGGGCCAUUGAUUUCUCGAAAAAAAUGGAUGGAGUGGCGCAAUGAACUUGUUGCUGCGACGCAAACACCAGCUCUCACCCCUCGAAAGAUGACUUGGAAUGCAUCUCCUUCCAAGCUCAACAUCGAGUCCCUACCAUCAACCAUUGACAAGAAGCUAUCAUCACCAAGCUUCAUUCAUAAAUACACCCUUGGACCUCUUGCCAUCGUGAGAACGGUGGUUCAAAAGGCUUUUUUCACCGCGAAGGAAGUUGUGCACAAAUCAAUUUCCUUCCCCAUUGGAAUCUUGAAGAAGUCAUGGCACAUUGUAAAGGCUGUCUUCAACCCAUCAACUGCAUAUUGCAGAUUCUUCUGUCGUUGCCAAACUUAG